AAACAGACCCUUUGAUGGGCUAGAAGGAGCCUCCACGUCCCAUCCCAUCUCCAGAGGUUUCCACCACCUUCUGAAGAGAGAAAAACUGCUCCUUUGUUGUGUUGUUGGUUUUUUUUUCUUUCUGCUCCUUCCUGUGACACUUCAGGGUGAUGCAAAUCACACGGAAGUGUCUCUGCAGGAAGCAGCUCUGUGGUCACAGAAGCCACGUUCUCCCCCCACGGCUGCUCCUGCCAGGGCUUUGUCCCCUUUUUGGGGACAUCCCCAAGUCCCCAUGGCCUCUUGGAUUCCUUCUUCAUCUUGGAUCUGAGCAAGAGUUUGGGUUUUUCCCAGAGGGAUCGGGGAUUCUUGCUGCUUUUGGAGCCAAGUGGUGAAGAUUCAACCAUGGGAGAUCCAGGAGCUACGGGUCUGGACAAUCAAGAGAAGACACCUGAAAACAGGAAGAGAUACAGUGAGAUAUUCCGGAGUCUCGACGCCAUCGAAAUCUCCUUUGGAAACACGACAGUUGAUGUCUUCAUGGGUGAUGUUGAGAACACAGAUCCAACCACAGAAGGAGACGUCGUUCCGUUGAGGGGAAGUGUCUGCGAGAGCAAAGUCAGCGCAGAGAGGCCGGUGCAGGCAGAGCUGACGGUUCAGGAGGUGGAUGAGAUGCUGAUCAAGUGUGAAGGUGGCAUCGAGGCAGCCCUGGAAUAUGCCAAGUUGUGGUGUAAAUAUGUCAAGGAGCUUCUCAUCUGGAUGGAGAAACGUCUGAGCUAUGAGACAGAGUUUGCCAAAGGGAUGGUGAAGAUCGCGGAGUCGGGACGCAACGCCAUCUGCCACCAGCACAAGAUGCCCCUGAGGAGCCUCUACACAAUGGUCCUGGAACAGGACAUCAAAGUUGGGAAUUCAGCCACUGAGACUGUAGGGUUGCUCCAGCAGAAGGAAUUCUACCAGCCUCUGUCAGCCAAGAAGAAUGAAAUUGAGAAGUGGAGGAAAGAAUUCAAGGAUCAGUGGACAAAGGAGCAAAAGAGAAUGAACGAGUCCCUGUCCUCCCUGCGCAAGUCCCGCCUGCAGUACGUCCAGCGCUGCGAGGAGCUGGAGAAGGCCAAGCAGUUGAGUGCCAAGGCAGAGGAUGAGUUCCAGAGCGUGGCCACCACCAACCCCAGCAGUGCCAACAAGCAGCUGGAGAAGCGACGUCGUUCCUGCGAGGAGGCACAAGCCAAGGUCCAGGAGACAGAAGCUCUGUACAAAAUGUGCAUCAGCGACGCCAACUUCCGGCGCCAGGAGCUGGAGAAGGUUCGAGCUCGGAUCGUCUCCCACAUCCGGAAGCUCAUCUACCAGGGGGAUGAAGUGCUGACCUGGGUCACUUUAAGGAUGUUUAAGCAGAGGCAGAGUCAGUCAGAGCAGAUCCCAGUUGGAUACCAGCACCUGGCCGAGGUCUGCAAGCCCUACAAAGCUGGUGAGAAAUACCUGGAGUUCAUCCAGGCCCUGCAGAAGAAAGAGAUCCAGGUGGAAGUGUUUGAGUUUGAGCCACUGACUUCUGGAAGUCAGAGGUCCCCUCCCAGUGGCAAUAAGAAGGUGACAUCUCAUCACACCACAGCAAAGGACCCCAGCACACCAGAUGACCCCACCAGGAAGCAGUUGUCCACAGAUGGGGACCAGAGUGUGAACAAAUCCCUCUGCAGUGACACAGAAAGUCUUGGUGGGAACUGUGAGUCCCGGUCCCUGGACUCUCCCAAUUCCAGCCCAGGAAACUCCACCAGGAAGUUGCUGAAAGCUCCGUCCACCAGCACCAUGUCCUCCUCAGAUGACUUUGAAGAGAGAGACUCCUUGCAAACGUUGGAAAACGAAAAUGGGACAUCCCAGCAGCAGCUGAGGAACGUUCUCCUCUCCAGCGCGGCUCAGAGCCACCGGCUGCGGAAGCUUCGAGGUCCCUCCAAGUGCAGGGAGUGUGACACCUUCAUGGUCAGUGGCUUCGAGUGCGAGGAGUGCUACCUAGCCUGCCACAAGAAGUGUCUCGAGAACCUGCUCAUCACCUGUGGCCACAAGAAGUUGCCCAACCGAGUCCCCCUCUUCGGCAUCGACUUCACGCACGUUCCUCGGGACUUCCCGGAAGAAGUUCCCUUCAUCGUGGUGAAAUGCACCUCAGAAAUUGAAGCUCGUGCCUUGGGGGUGCAGGGCAUCUAUCGGAUAAGCGGAUCCAAAGCCCGGGUGGAAAAGCUGUGCCAGGCGUUCGAGAACGGUCGGAACCUGGUGGAGCUUUCUGAGCACUCCCCCCAUGACAUCACAGGGGUCCUGAAGCAUUUCCUGAAGGAGCUCUCGGCCCCGGUGCUGAUGUCCCAGCUCUAUCAGGACCUCAUGGCUCUUGCCAAAGAUUUGCAGAAAACUGGAGAAGAAAAAUUGGAUUGUGCAGGGUUCCCUUCUGAUCCCAUCCAGACCAUGAAGAAUCUGCUGAGUAAAUUACCUGGAAGCAACUACAACACCCUAAGACACCUGAUUGCCCACCUGUACAGGGUGGCAGAGAAAUAUGAAGAGAACAAGAUGUCCCCAAACAACCUGGGAAUCAUCUUUGGGCCAACGUUGAUCCGACCAAUCUCAGGGAAUGACAUCUCCAUGUCAUGCCUGGUUGACUCUGGAUAUCAAGCCCAAAUUGUGGAAUUCCUCAUCCAGAACUACGAGAGGGUGUUUGGGAUGGAAGAGCUGCCUCCAUCCAUGUCCUUGGGAUGUGAAAACCCUUCCCAAGAACCAACGAGUGAAAAGGAUGAAGGACCUGAGGGCCCAAAGACAAUCCAGAAUGUACCUCCAGAGAAUUCCUCCUCCCAGCAUGGUUUCACUAUGGAUGGUGUCUCUGAUGAUGAGUCUUCCAGUGAAGCCACCCACAAGGUGUCUCUGGAGGGAACCCACAGCCUGUUGAGCCUGGAUGCUGGAGAGCUGAACACCAGUGCUGGCUCAGAGCUGGAGGACUUCGUGCAGGAGAAGAUGGACAGUGACUUGGACAUGGUCCCAGGGACCCAACCCAGGUGCCACUUCAGCCGCCAGCCCGUGAAGUACAUCCGGACUCCGGGAAAAACCAAACCAGUCAUUCCCAGAUCAUCCAAUUUGAGGACUACCACAUUGGCCAACGUGGCAACUGAGUCUGGUGGAGAAGACAACCCUCCCGAUGGCAGCUCCAUGGCCAAGGACAUCCCAGAGGAGAACACGAGGAGCAGGAACAGGUCACCAGACAACAACACGCUCCGGAGGGAGCGGCAGCUCCAGCGCUUGGAGAUCACACGGGAAACCUCCAGGAUUGUCUCCAAGGUGAACCUUGAUGACACGUCUGUGUCCCUUGAGCCUUCCCUGGAGAGUGCAGGAUCUAAGGAGGACAAUGAGGACCUCAACCCAGGGAUGUACCUGUAGGAAAAACCCUGAGGGGAAACUGGGAACAACUAUGGAAAGGGAGAAGGGACUGAGAUCCCACCUGCGGAGCAGAGGAAUGAGAUCCCGGUGGGAUUUACCAUCCUGGCUGGAGGAAAAGCACCUCUGGUUGGCCACUGGUGGACCCAGGAUUGGCUUGUUCCUCCUCAACAGACCCCUCCAAGUGGCCAGGAGCCAGGCCAAGACUCUCUCUGGAGCAUGAAGCACAAGGUGAGGAGUGAAGGAAAAACCCAGCUGGAAAAGCAUUGCUGGGAAGGAGGGGAUGGAAACAGCGACGUCGGAUGAAAAAUGUCCCCAAAAGGUCAAUUUCCAGAGCUGUGACAAGCCCCAGUUUUUGCCAUUUUUGAGUCUAACUCACUCGUUGAGUGGAACAGAAGCCUUGUUCUCCAGACCCUUCUCCUUCCAUUCCUGGAGCUUCAAGCCCUGGGUGAGCCCAAAGCUGUGGUGGGAAGGGAGAAGCUGCCGCGCUCCAAGACAGAUCCCACUUCUCCAGAGAGAAAGGAAUUCUCCUUCCCUUGGAGCACGUUGAGCUUCUGCAACUCUUCCAUGAGAAGCUGCUGCUGGGAAGGAGGCAAAACCCCCCAGCAGAUAUGAAGAUCUUCUGGGGUCUAAGACCAGGCUGUUGGUCUCCCACCUCACCCGCCUUUGGGUUGUCCCAAUUUUUGGGCUCUUUUCUGCCUCCCUGGAUUUUCUGUCCACCAUCUCAACACGGAGAUGGGGAGAACCUUGUCCUGUAGUGCCACCUCGUGACGGAUCUUGGAGAGCUCAGCGUUGGAGGAUGGGUAUGAACCGACUUCCCUGGUGGUGGGUUGUGGAAACAGCCCGAAAUUCAGGCAAGAGCAGGAAAACUUCUGUGCUAGGACAGAUUUCAGUCAUCACCAUCUGCUGAGAAGACACCAGGAGGUGCUUGAAG